ACGAUGCGCGCUCCCGAUAAUAAACCUCUGACGCCUUCAUCCGGGAACUACUACGAACUCGCUCUCCAACAUGGCGGCGUCAGCUAAGAAGAAGAAUAAGAAGGGGAAGACCCUCACUUUGACUGACUUUCUUGCGGAGGACAGUGGAGGCAGCAGCGUCGCCCCCAGCUAUCCGACCAAGUCCACAAGCUGGGCGGAUGAGACUGAUGACCUGGACGGAGAUGUCUCGACUUCCUGGCACACGGAGGAGGACACGUACAGGGCACCACCCAUCGACCGCUCCAUUCUGCCUACAGCGCCUCGCUCAGCUCGCGAGCCCAAUAUUGACCGGGCCAGACUCCCCCGCAGCCCGCCAUACACCGCCUUCCUGGGAAACCUGCCCUAUGAUGUCACUGAGGACUCAAUCAAAGACUUCUUCCGCGGCUUGGCAAUCAGUGCAGUGCGUCUGCCCCGAGAGCCCAGUAACCCAGAGAGGCUGAAAGGCUUUGGUUAUGCUGAAUUUGACGACGUAGAAUCCCUCCUCAGGGCUCUCAGCCUCAGCGAGGAAAACCUGGGCAACCGCCGGAUUCGUGUGGAUAUUGCAGACCAGUCAAAUGAUAAAGAAAGAGACAGCGGACCUAUGGGUGGUCGAGACCGAGGUGGGCGAAUGGCUGACAUGGGUCCUGAUAAGACAGACAGUGACUGGAGAGCUCGACCAAGUGCGGAUGCUGAUGAUGGACCUCCCAGGAGAGAUGAUGCCUUCGGAGACAGAUCACGUGACCGUUACGAGUCUGAUCGUCACAGAGAUGGCCAGCGGUGGGACAGUGAUCGUAAUGAAGGAGGUCGUUACCGGGAUCGCUAUGACAACAGGGACCGCAGAAACAAUGAUGGAGGUUUCGACUCUCGUAGUGGUGGAGGAGGUCGUCGUAACUUUGGUAGUGGUUUCCGCCGUGAUUAUGAUGACAGUCAGGGUAGCAAUGAUCGCUACGGGGACCGGGAUCGUUACGGAGAUCGAGAUCGUUACGGGGACCGGGAUCGCUAUGGGGACAGGGAUCGUUUCGGAGACCGGGAUCGUUUCGGAGAUCGAGAUCGUUACGGAGAACGGGAUCGUUACGGGGACCGUGAAGACCGGCACGACAGGCGUGAAGAGAGGGCUCCUCAGCAAAGACCCAAGUUGAACCUGAAGCCUCGUAGUGUACCUAAAGAGGAGGAAAGCGCCGGCAGUGGUGGCACUUCACCUGCUGCCACUUCAAGCUCAAGCAGCAGGGCCUCGUCCAUCUUUGGCGGAGCAAAACCCGUUGACACAGCAGCAAAGGAGAGGGAGGUGGAGGAGAGGCUGAAGAAGGAGGAGGAGAGACUGCAGAGGCAGCUGGAGGAGGACAAAGGCAGGGGACCGGACAGAAAGAUGAGGGACAGGGACCCGAGCUGGCGCAACGAGGAAUCUCAUACUGAGCGAUCCCGCACAGGAAGUGAGUCUUCACAGCAAGGAAGCACUUCUGGAAGAGGGUCACGGUGUCGAGAUAGCGAGCGCUCCGGUGAGAAUGAGGUAUUCAGCGGGGUAGAAGGUGGCUCCACUUCCCCUGGGUCCUCAUCCCGGCCCCCCUCCACCAGCUCUUCUAAAGAGCCAUUGAAGGUGAUGCCUGCACCUCCUCCCAAGGAGAAUGCAUGGGCCAAGAGAAGUGCAGCCAGCACAGGCUCUAAUGAGGGCGAUGGUCGAGCUCCGAUCUCCCCGGUCUCCCCAGGCGGUUCAGCUCCUCCCAAGUUCAGCUCUUCAAGUUCUGCAGAUGAAAGAGGAUCUGGAAAGGAUGAGAACAAGGCUGAUGGUGUGCGUCGGGACCGGGGGCCCCCACGAGCACGAGGGGGGCCUGCAGGGCCUGGAGCUGGGCGGGGGCGAGGAGAGGGGCCCAACAGAGACCGAAGGAAGGAGGCAGACAGAAAGGACAACAGAAGAGACCGAGACUCCAGACCACCCCCAGAGCCAAAGAAAUACGAAGAGACCCCAACCCCCAAGUUCAGCUCAGCCAGUAAGUACGCCGCUUUGCUAAUGGAUGGUGACCAAGGAGAAGACGCAGAUGACGCCGAUUAGAGGGAAAACAACGAGAUGCAGAGAAAGCGAUGAAUGCAAGAAGAAAAAAAUAAUAAUCUCACAUAGCGUAUGGGAAAAAAAAAAAUCUCCUCACAUGGAUGUGGCUCCUGGGAAGGGAGGGGGAAUCAUCACCCCUCUCUGUUUUCCUCCUACAAACCUGUCCUUUAAUUUCAAACCAUUCACCCAUCCCUCCUCCCCCUGCUCCACCUUCAGGACUCUUCAGGUUCUAAAGAAUAGUCACAUACUGGACUUGUUUUAAAUGGAACAGAGGAAUACAUGACACAUGAAAACGUGAUGGAAAAGAUUGAAUUAAUUGUAAUAAAUAAAUGGAAAAAGUGGGGAAAAAUGAUUUUUGUAUAUUUGUGGAUCACAGGUGCAUCUAAUGACUGAAGAUGGAGCUUAUAAACGUGUUUUGGUUUUUU